UGGGGGCUGCGUGGCUCUUGCAUCACAGGGGUGUGUGUGUGUGUGUGUUUGUGUGCGGGGAGAAGUUUGCUUCGAGGUUACGGAGCGCAGCUCGGUCGCUUUUGGCCGUCGUCUCCGGCCCCUGACUGUGGAACAUGAACCUGUUCUGCUUCAUGCUGGAUGGCUCCACUGAGAGCAUCUAUGAACCAGCCAACAGCCAGACAAACAAGGACGUCUCGCCCAAGUGUCAGUGCAGUUCUGGGCAUCUACGAUGCAAACCUGAGUGGGGCGGCUCAGACCCGUCCAUCAGCUCUGACAAACAUCAGACAAGGACCAAACCUACAGAGGAAAGCAGAAGAUCAUGUAAGCCAAUGGAGGAUGAAACCUUUGCUUGCAGUGAGAGCAGCGCGUCAACAAGACAUGUCCAAAUCAGGGAGCCGGCCUCAGAAAGAACAAGGACAGAUCCACCAGCUCAGCCCGGUGACUCUGCUGAAACCACGGGACGACUGAAAAAGCUUCAAAAACUGGUUCACAUCAAGAACGGCCAUCAGACUGACGGCGUCAAAGACUCGAGCGCAACCAAGAAACACGAUUGCUUGGCAGAAGGGGUGAGACACAACGGCACGGUGCUGACCUGCAUCGGCUUUUCGAGGAGGACGGAGAAGAGCUCCAGUAAAGCCGCUGCAGCGCCACACCCGCUUCAGCCGCGUCAGAACGCCAGGAGUCUCCCCGGAGGCCCGACCGAAGGAGGGUUCUGGAGCCCAAGGACGGGGUGUCGGAGGCGGAAGACGUUCGAGUGUCCGCACGCUCGCCACCGGACUCCUGGGGAACCGUGCGCCCACGACGGCGACGUCCCGUCCCCGCCCUGGAGCUUGGAGUGGGAUCGGUUUGAGAGUCUGAUCCGGGAGCUGGACCGGAAGCAGUCGGACCUGUCUCUGUCCCGGAUGAUCCGGUCACUCACGGAUCUGCAGCUGUCACAAAGCAACGUAAGAUGAGGACGCACGACACCAUCUUCUGACAAAAAAGUUAUUUUUUCAUUAUGUUGGGUAAGGGCGAUUUAAUUUAAAUUAAAAAUUUUUUCCAUGAAUAUUUGAGAAGCUCUUGAAUCUCCCAUGGCAACCACUCAGCUGUGCAAAAAUGCCUCUGAGCUGCAGUUUCCAAGCUUCC